AUGCCGUCUUCGCCAUCACCGCCUCGUCCCUCGCCGCCACCGGCGGCGUACAAGCACUUCUGCAGAGUCUGCAACAAGGGCUUCACAUGCGGCAGUGCGCUCGGUGGUCACAUGAGGGCCCACGCCGUCGGCGACGACGGGCCUAGUGCCGCGGACGACGACGACGAGCCCGUGCCGCGCGCGCGCGGUGCUGGAGGGGAAGAUGGGCCAUCGACGGCGACGACGACGACGCACGUCUACGCGCUCCGGGCGAAUCCUAACCGCCUGACCAGGGGCUGUCAGGUGUGCAAGAACUGCGGGAAGGAGUUCUCGUCGAUGGAGCUGUUCCUAGAACACGGCAAGUGCAACUCCGGCGAAAACGAGGACACGGAGGGCUCGCCGCGUUCGUCGCCACUCUCCGUGGCGGACGGCGAGGACGACGUGUCGCUGGCCACUGAGUGGUCGAAAGGGAAGCGAUCCCGUCGCGCCAAGCUGGCCGCCGAAGGAGGCGAUGAUAUGCCCGCAGGCGAGGACGAGGAGGAGGACCUGGCCAAUUGCCUCGUCAUGCUAUCGUCGUGCAAGGCCGAUCAGGCAGGCGUCUCCGAGGUCGACACGCAGCCGAGGCGCGCAUCGGCGAGCAAGGACCACGUGAGAAUGCCUCAACAGCCGCAACCCAUCUCGUUCGUCAUGCCGGCGCCGGAGCAGGCGAUGGUGAUGCCCUUGGCGUUGCCAGCGCCGCUGUACGCCUCCCCCGUGCCACGUGGCAUGUUCGAGUGCAAGGCAUGCAAGAAGGUGUUCACUUCGCACCAAGCUCUGGGCGGGCACCGUGCCAGCCACAAGAAGGUGAAGGGAUGUUUCGCCGCCAAGGCCGAGAGCAGCGUCAUUGAGCCAAUGCACCACGCGCCGGCCGCCUCCGGGCUCGAUGAUGACAAGGGCAGUGCAGCCGCUGCCGUCGAAGUCAAUGCAGGCGGCAGCGCUGACGCCAGAACGAACGUCGAUGUCACUGCUGGCGAAACACAUGCCGGUACGAGCGAGGCCGCCGCCGCGCCAUCCUUGUCAAUGGCCAUCACGACCACCGACCAUGAUCCGGCACUGGCAAUUACACCGGGCAAGAAGAAGGCCAAGAUGCACGAGUGCUCCGUCUGCCACCGCCUCUUCUCUUCUGGCCAGGCGCUCGGAGGCCACAAGCGCUGCCACUGGCUCACCUCGGGCACAGGGGAACACGCCAACAUCGCACCCCUGACAGCUGAAGGCCUUGUCGCGGCUUCCGGCCACCAGCUCACUCUCCGGCCAAUGGUGGACGCGUCCGAGCCGGUGCUGGAUCUCACCAUCGCGGCUAACCCGUUGACGGCGAUUGCUAGCGCGAGGGUCGCCGAGGUCGGAACCAGCUCGCUGCAUCUUGAUGCAGCUGCACCUUCGCUCUUCCUCCAACCAGUGGCGGUACCGAGCAACCCCAGCAACCAGAACAAGAUGGCCCCGACGAGCAGCCACGGUGUUGACGAUGCUGUAGCUGCCUCGGGCGGCGCUGAGGACGAGGCGGACAGCACGACCGUCAAGAAGGCCAGGCUUAGUGAUCUCAAGGACGACAGCACAGCAGGCGAAACCACGCCGUGGCUGCAGGUCGGCAUUGGCUCCUCGUCGGCCGAUGGUGAUGGGAAGAGUGCCGCGGAAUGA